AUGCACUUGACGACCGUGCAUUGGUUGGUAACCUAUCAGAUAAGUGUUGAAGGAGAAUGGGAGACAAAUCGAUUUCUCCCAAUUCAGGCACCACUACAAACAGUCGUAAACAUGGCUCCCGCGUGGGUGGAUACGGCCGAGGAAUGUCUUAGUGAGUGCCUAUUAACGGAUGCCCAGGCAACUGGCCUGGCGCCUGGAUCAAGACAACCCCUUCGUGUACAACCUGACAGGUCACAUGUGCUUCGCUCUCGUCGUUUAUCACACACUCGACCCGGGCUCGCAUCCCACUGGGCCGGAACAACCGACUCGGCUCCCGCCGAUAACACACCUCCGGUAGAGGUCUGGAAUUCACAUAUUUCUUUAGAUUGUGCAUUUAUGGUCGACGGCCUCGUCAAACAUGCAGUCGCCUGGCAACUGGAAUACCACAGAGCCAAGAUCACGCUCAGACACGAGUCCGCUCUUUUGGCCAUUCAGUCUGGCUGGUCGUCAUUGCUUCGUCGUUGGGCGUAA